UCGAGUUGAUGGGUCGGUAUUGGCUGGCGCUGCAGUCGGUGAAGCCUGCAUUUCAUGCGUUUACAGGUUGAUGGUGAUGUGAGAUAAAUAGGCUAACGUGCGGAAAGGUCUGAAACAUGGGGCUGGAAAACCUUUUUCUUCAGCUGAAACAUUUGAAACUUUAGUUUCUGGCUGCGAGGUACUCUAUUUAUGGAGAACAGUUGUCCGUUACACCUCCAUGGCACAGCUCCAGUAAGAUCUGCUACUUUGUAGUCCGUUUGCGUGGUCGGAUUGCCUGGCAACUGUUUUCUUUUGCACUGCAGAACUUUUGUUUAAGAAGAUUGUGUCUUGGUCUACUAGAGACCUGGCAACUUAUAUAAUUAUAUUUUCAAAUCCGUCCGACCUGGAUAUUACUUUUCCAUAAGACUUUUCCGUAGUUUUUACGUCUUGGAGACCCGGAGUGCCUAACGUGCUUGGGACCGUGAAACAAUAGUCCCAACGUGCGGGGGAUAUCGAUGCCUCGCGGCAUUGUUCUGCCUUGAGCGGCUUUGCUCGGUCCCUAGCCUCGGGGAAUGAGCAACGGAAAAUUUAUCUUCUUCACAAUCCGUCUGGGAUUUACGAUUUGGGUGGAAUAGUCCGAAGAAGUUUCUCAAAAUGGAUGUUACAGUGUCCGAGUUGAUGAGCAACUUCAUAGAUACGCCGUUGGUUGUGUGGGUGAAGACGUUUGGACCUCUGGGUUCUGGCUCAGAGGACAAGCUGUCCAUGUUCAUGGACCUGGUAGAUGGAGUCUUUCUUCACAAGAUCAUGACCCACGUAGACCCCAGCCCAACCAAUCAGCGCGUGAACAAGAACAUCAACAACGAUGUUCACCUACGCAUCCAGAAUCUCAACACGGUCAUCAGACACAUCAAACUCUACUACCAGGUAACACACACACACGCUAAAGGAGACAGUGACUCCUGGACACGUACACCUUUCCUAAACACCUUGUGGCUAGUCCAAAGUCUGAAGUUUGUGUGUUUAUGGUGUUUCCCACUAAACUUUUAUCACCACUAACUCGGACUUCUAGGUCUUAUUUAUCAGUUUGUCUCUGGCCCGGUCUCCGGCCCUACUCCCUGUAUAUCUAAUAUCUCUACUUCUUUCAAUUAUAUUGUAUUCCUCUAUACGUGACUUUCCCUCUCUGUACCUCUCUGCCUUCUCUUACGUCUAGAUAACCUCACAGGAAGAGCAGCCAAGCUCAGUUCGAGAGGGGAGGGGUUUCGCACACACACGACAUUUGGGGGGCCUCUCAAAACACACACACACGCAUGUUGAUCAGUAACAGAUGUGUUGUCUUUGCCAGUGCUAAUCUACAGACCAUUAGAUAAGUUGUGUGUCUGUGUGUGUGUGUGUGUGUGAAAGAGAAAGAGGUGUGUGUGUGUGUUGCGGAAGAGCCUUUGCCUCCCUGUGGGACUGUACAGAGGUUGUAAAGGAAGCAGCCAGCUUUGGUCCCAUAUCCACUCGAUUCGCUCAGUCCCUGUGAUCCCCCUGGAAGUCCUGUGUUCACUAGCUGUUCCCUGUCCUAGGGAGUGUGUGUCUGUCUGCUUGUGUGUGUGUGUGUGUGUGUAUAUAUAUGCCAGAGUAAAUCUGUGUGUUUGUAAGUAUUGUUUUCUUGUGGUAACAGGUUCUGUUUUGUAGCCUGGGUAGAAGCUGCUGUUGCUCAACUAUGCCAGCGUGGCACCAUACUGGGUUUGCUCUUUGCUUUGAGUUUUACAAUGUCUGCAAUGGUGCUCUACUGGGCUCUAGAACUCUACCGGGGCACUAGAACUCUGCCAGUCCUAAUGAACUCUACUGGGGUUGUAGAACUCUACUGGGAUUGUAGAACUCUGCCAGGGUUCUAGAACUCUGCCAUGGUUCUGAAGCAGAACUAUCUGUAUAAAGCCGAAUCACAGGUCGCUGCCACCCUGUGAUUGGACUAGACCAGGUCACAUGGUAGUGGAGGGGAUCUGCUCCGUGAGCUGCCCACAUCUGCCCACAUGGCCACUCACCAGAAGGCCAGACAAGAUAAGACUGACAGUCAUUGUGUGAAUGCAUGUGUGUGCACCAGUGAGUAAGGGUGCGUGUGUGUGUUUUCAAGUAUAGUAACACAUCUUUCACCCUCCUCUCAGCUAUUUGAAGUUGACUUUAAAUCAACAGCAACAUCCGAGAAAGUGUUUGUUUCCUGUCUCACUAAGGAAAUAUCAUUUGAUUAUGAGCAUAGAUGUGCAAGCAAUUUCACAGCGUUGCAGAAACCUGGUGAUGACAUAGCCAGUCUGGCGCACAUGGUCUGGAGAGCACAGCCUAACCCCCAUCUGGCAAGGCUCCACCUCACUGAGACCCUACCCUGUAGCCCCCCCCUCUGUAACCCCCCCCGACACACACCCUCAGUUAACCCCCACCCUACCCUAGCCCCUGUUUAUUCCCUCACCAACCAGUAAGAACUGUACUGCUGGUGUUCAAUAGAAGGAUUAUAGAGCCUGAUUGCCAACCUAACAUCAGAGAGAGAGCGAGUGUGUGGUUAGGGGUGUGGUCUUAGUGGUGUUUGGGGAUUAACCAUAACACUACCAAAGCUCCUGAUUUAAUAAAUUCUCCAGUUUAGCCUAGAUUACCCUGGGCUAGCCUGCGUAGCUUGAAUUUGCAGCUGCUUCAUCUUGGUGAUUCUACCCAGGAACUCCUCUCCUCUCCCAGCCCCACCCUGCUCUGCCGCAAGCAGGAGGGGCUGGACAGUUCAGAAGUGUGAAGGGGAGAAGAAUCGAGGAAGUGAAAGAAGGGGAGUGGAUCUAAUCCCUUUUAGGAAUCAUCUCUCCUCCUUCCCCCUUCCUCCCUCCUUUCUCCC